AUGGCCGUCAACAUGGCCAAUCUCUGCCCGCCACCAUUCUACGAUGCAAGGCUCUAUCCCAACAGUGGAGGAUUCGUCGAUGGCCGCCUCUGCCAGAAAAUCGCAGACGGCGUAAAGUGCUGCCUGCCCUGCCCCCUGACCGACUGGAUCUACCCCGACAGCUUCCGCACCAUCGGCACCGUCGCCAACUGGGUCGCCACCGUCAGCGCCCUCUGCUGCCUCUACCUGCUCCUCUCCUGGGCCUUUCUGCCCGUCGACAAGACCAACCGCCACUACCUCAGCAUCUGCCUCACCGCCGGCGUCUUCCUCAUGAACAUGGGCUUCGUCGUCCCGCUCGCCGCCCAGCCCGCCCAGUGCUACGACAAGAUCACGCCCCACGGCAUGGCCACGAGCAAGGUCUGCGGCGCCUCGGGCGCGCUCCUCAUCCUCGGCGGCUGGAGCGGCGUCAUGUGGGCGUUUCUGCGCUCCCUGUCCCUGCACCUCCAGAUUUGCUGGCAGGUCACCGUCGGCCGCCCCUUCAUGUACUUUGCCCAGGCCGCCGGCUGGGGCGUGCCCCUGAUUGGCAUCAUCCUGGCCCUCGUCUUCAGCGGCGUCUCCUUUCGCUUCGGGACCAUCUGCCACAUCAACCACGACAACAGCUUGGCCGACCUCUGGGUGCCUCUCCUCAUCUUUGCCGGCAUCACCGUCAUCACCACCUUUGCCACGUUUGGCUACUGCGUCAAGGUCUACCUGGCGUCGCUGGCGGACAGCUCAGCCUCCACGGAAGGAUCCGGCUUGCCCUCGUACUCGAACAGCAUCCGCACCAUGACCCCGCGGCAGGCCUACCGCCGCGUGAAGCGCGUCGUUGCCAUGCAAUGGCGUGGUAUCGCCAUUGUGCUCAUCAUCGUUGCCGACGUCAUCUUCUUUUCUGUCGUCUUCGUAUUCCAGGACAAUGUCGUCGAGUCCGUCACCAGGGACCCCAAGGUCGCAGAGAGCUGGGUACUGUGCCUGAUUGGCUCCGGCGGCGACAAAAAUCAGUGCCUCAGGGAAGCAGGCAAGUUUGUUGUCAACGAGGCGACCGUCACUGCAGUUUUGCUGCUACUCGGGCUCAACGGAAUCUGGCUCAUGUUUCUGCUUGGCCGCCGGUCCAUGUUGACCGCCUGGGUCGACCUGUUCAAGAACCUCGUCGGCCGAGGUGGCAAAAAGAAGAAGGAAUUCGUGUCUGUCGACGCCAGACACGACAUGAAGGCCGAUACACUGAAGUACCCGUCGACGGACCGCAAGACGUCAGCGUACUAUGAGCAAAACUCGGCUCGAUACCACGCCCCAUCGCGCUCGUUUUCGACACCUCGAUCACCGGUGCAGCGAUCUUGGGAUGCGCAACAGACGUUUGCCAACACGCGUGGGCCAAAUUCGCCGUCUCCGACGUUUAAUUCGCGCGGGCCACAUUCCCCGCCUCCGACGUUCAACUCGCGUGGGCCAAACUCGCCGCCUCCGACGUUUCCCAACUCGCGUGCGCCGAAUUCACCGCCUCCGCCGCCUCGGUCGCCGCGAUCCCCGCAACCCGGCUUUGACAAUAGAAGUCACGCCGCGAAUUACGAGAGCAUGAACCCUCUCGGCAUGAACAGAAUCUAG